AUGAGGGACUAUGCUACAUUCGACGCCUCACAAAAGAUAGCAUUGAUAGGGUCCUUCAACUUCAACAGGUCUAAAGACUACCCGACAACAAUAUCGAUAGGGCCAUCUUAUUUCGAUUCAUACUCGACGUGGCCAAAUGUUACGUUUCUCCAUGGCUUCAACCUGGGAAAGAACGGUACCAUUGGACAUGACACGCUUGUCGGUACUGUACCACUGGCCUGCAAAGCAUUGAGCAAUAGUAAACUUGCCUAUUGGCAACUAGGCAAUGAACCAGAUCUCUACAAGACAAGCUCUCAAGGUCCAGUCAGGCCGAGCUGGUGGAAUGAAACGGAUUAUGUCGAAGAAUGGCUUAACAAGACUCGGACCAUGAAACAGGUGAUCCAGCAGAACUGUCCAGAGGUAAUCACCCAGAACAAAUUUCAAUUCUAUGCGCCUUCUUUCGGAGGCACGGGUAACAGUCUCAACCUGAUCAGAACAUGGGCCGCUGGUUUGGACACGGACAGGGACAUUGCCUUUAUCGACAGUCAUAAUUACAUUGGUGGCGCAACACAACCCGGGGUUACGCUCCAAGGAACCCUCAUGAACCACACGUCGACCGUCUUGUCCGUGGCCAAGCAUCUGAACGAAUCGAAUCUGCUCGCCGCCAAAACCGACCUCCCAUAUAUCCUCGGCGAAACGAACAGUCUGUACAACGAAGGCGCUCCCGGUCUGUCCAAUUCCUUUGGCGCGGCGCUCUGGGGUGUCGAUUUCAACUUGUACUGUGCGGCUACCGGCAUUAGGCGAGUGCACAUGCACCAGGGUACAAAUUACAGGUACGCAUCGUGGCAACCGGUGCAGACCGCGAACGAGACCUUGGGGACCAAAGCACCUUAUUACGGCAACAUCAUGGUUGCCACGUUCCUCGGCGACCUCACUUCGAACAAUGUGAGUGUGUCGGAUAUCGAGCUGGGAAGUACAUAUCAAAAUGCUUACGCUGCAUACGUCAAUGGUCUUCUGCAACGUAUUGCCAUUAUUCAAAUGAGAGCAUUCAACAGUACGACAGGAACGACAACGAGUGGACCUAGGCCAAGCGAGACCUUCAGCUUUAGACUGCCUUCGAAUCAGAACGCCAAUGUCAAGGGAGUCAGUGUCCAGCGAUUGAUGGCGAAUGGAAGCGACGCCAUUACCGGCAUCACUUUUGACGGAUACUCUUAUAAUUGGGAGCUCGAGCAGGGGAAACCAGUUUUGCUACAGAACGUUACCAGAAAUGAAGUUGUUCAAGUGACUCAGAAUGGGGAGGUGUCGGUGGAUGUUCCAUGGUCGAGUGCCGCAAUACUGAACCUGGAAUGGUGA